AUGUAUCUUACUUCAUUUUUUCGUUCCUUUAUUAAUAUUUCUACAUCGGUCUCAAAGACAACAUUUCGAACAUUAUCAGUUGUAGCUAAAUCAUCGAUUCCAUUAGAAUCAUCAUUAUCGUAUGCUGAUAGUGUUCUUAUAUUAUCAUUGGUAUUACCAUCACGUCAAGAAACAUGUCGAUUUCAUCUUAAUUUAGAAACAGCAACUGUAGGUCAACUUGUUGAUGAAAUUAAAAUUGAAGAUGCUGGUAUUGAACAUGUUCAUGUUUUUGAUGAUCAUGGUCAAUUAUUAUCGAAAUCAUAUUCAAUGAAAUCAAUUAUGAAAUCUCCUUUUACUGUACAACUCAAUCAACAACGUGCAUUUCUUUUUGAUCCAAUUAAUAAUUUACAAAUUAAAGAAAAUACUGUAAGAUCAACUAAAACGGAUGGCCCAUCAACUGAAGAUACAAUUGUAGCACUUUAUCAAGCAUUGAAUAUUAUGAAAGUUUAUCAUAAGAAAUAUUCUGAAUUAAAAAUUGAAGCAAAUGAAUUAACAACACAAUUAGAACCAUUAGAAAAAGUUAAAGAUAUAUUAGCUAAAAUAUGUCAACGUCAUACGUCUCGGUGCAUAUGGUAUGGAUUAGGAGCAAUGUCAUUUCAAGUUGGUAUUCUAGCUGAACUCACAUGGGAUGUUUACUCAUGGGAUAUUGUUGAGCCUAUUUCAUAUUUUAUUGCUUAUGGUACUGCUAUGGGAUUUUAUGCAUUUCAUUUAAUGACGCGAGCUGAUUUUGAAUAUAUGACAAUGACUGAUCGUCUAUUUUUAAGGAGAUUCUAUAGUGAAGCUCGUCGUCAUUCAUUUGAUAUAUCGCUUUAUAAUCGUUUAAAAAAUCGACUCUUUAUUGUACAUACUGAUUUAGCACGUUUACGAUCUCCAUUAUCCUUAUCAUUACCAGUUCCACCAAAUCCUUUAAAAUGUAAAAUUAGUGGUGAAGAAUUAAAUCAACUAGAUGUUUAUCGUACACGACAACAUAUAGAAUAA